GUGAGUAUUAUUGUUUUAUAAACGGAUUGAUGAAGUUGCUGGGUAUGGUUUCUGGAGUGAAGAAGCGUUUCUCAUAAAGCCUUUCUUUUCCUCAUAUUCAGCCCAGCCUCAGCGUGUUCUCUCCGUGCAAAAUUCAAGUUCUUCUUACUCGACUCCAAUCCACUUCUUAGUCUUUCUUGCCAGCAGACUGCCGACGCCGCUUCGUUCGGUCCAAAGUUUGAUGACAAUCACACUUUCUACUGGUAGAGAAUUGGAAUGAGUAUGGGUCACAUUGUCAUUUUGGAGAUGAUAAAGUUUGAGUCGGAACUUCUGAGUUGUACUUAUUGAGUGUUGAAGCAUGUCUUCUUGGUAGUGCAUAAAUGAAUUUCAUGGACGAGGAUGCUUCUUCGGGCUCUGGUGAUGAUGCACACUUGCUAGAUGGAAAAAGCAUCAGUCUGGGAUACCAUCAAAUUCAGGGCGUAGGAAGAGAAGUCGCAAGGCUACAGGUGAUGCUAUAGUGGAUGCUAUGCUAGAAAUAGCUGCCGCUUCAAAAAUGAGGGCGACUGCAAUCAUGAAGAACGAGGACCGGUUUUCUAUAAGCAAAUGCAUAAAGAUACAUCAGCUGAAAUGGAUGAUUUUGACUUAGAAAUGGAGGAGAUGGAAUUAACUGCAGCAGCGGCUGGUUACCAUUAUUAUAGCAGUAUUACCAAGCAACCUUGUCAUAGUUUGUCACCAAGUAAAGGAUGUGGAUUUAUGACAGAGGUGCUAAAUGGUCAUGAUGUUGUGUUCCAGGAAAUGUUUCGGAUGGAUAAAAAUGUAUUUCACAAAUUGUGUGACAUUCUUCGGCAAAGAGGCAUGUUGCGUGAUACUGCUGGUGUUAUGAUAGAGGAGCAGCUUGGAAUAUUUUUGAAUAUUAUUGGCCAUAAUGAGCGGAACAGAGUAAUCCAAGAGCGGUUUCAUCACUCAGGUGAAACCAUCAGCCGUCAUUUGAACAAUGUGUUGAAGGCUGUCAAGUCGUUUUCGCGUGAGUUUUUACAAACUCCAAGCCCCAGCACUCCUCCAGAAAUCCUUGGAAAUAACAGAUUUUAUCCUUAUUUCCAGGUGCCAGCCAAAGAUCAAUCCCGCUUUCGUAAUAAGAAAGGUGUUCUUUCACAAAAUUUGUUGGCAGCUUGCACGUUUGAUCUUCAGUUUAUAUUCGUUUAUCCUGGUUGGGAAGGCUCUGCUGCAGGUUCACGUGUAUUGAGAGCAGUCCUUGAUGAUCCACAUCAGAAUUUCCCACAUAUUCCUGAAGGGAAAUAUUUCCUUGUUGACACUGGAUAUGCAAAUAUGAAAGGAUUUAUUGCGCCAUUCCAAGGGGUCAGGUAUCAUGUCCAUGAGUAUAGAGGUGCUAAUCAGUUACCUAGAAAUGCAAGGGAGCUAUUUAACCACAGACACUCGUCUCUUAGUAAUGUCAUCCAGAGGUCUUUCCAUGUGUUGAAAACUAGGUUUCCUAUUCUCAAACUUGCUCCUCAGUAUGCUUUUCAUACUCAAAGAGAUAUAGUUAUAGCUGCUUGUGUUCUACAUAAUUACAUCCGACGUGAGUUGAAAAAUGAUUGGCUGUUUUCCAGCGUGGAAGGGACAACAGUGGAUGACCUACCUGACGUUGAUGAACAUCCUGAUAUUGGGUUGGUUUCUUUGGUACAAGAGCAGGUUGCGUUUUCAAUGAGAGAAUCAAUUUCUGCAGAAAUGUGGGAUCACUUUAUGAAUGGAUGGGAUCAGUGGUGACGUCUUGUAAAUACUUUUAUUUUGUCGUAUUAUCUUUAUAAACUUUAUAUUUAUCAUUUUUUUCGUCAAGUCAUAAUUGUUACUAUCAUAAUUUUGAUGAUGAUUGUGCAAGGAACGGUGGUUACUACUGUUAGCAUUAGCAUGAGCAGUCAAUUGGUGAUUGCAUUACUGUGAAGAUCUUACAUCUUGAAAAAAAAAUUGUAGUAAGGUUUUGGUGUUGAAUCUUGAUGAUACCACAUCUAAGCAUGCUGCCAGAUUCUGGUACAUUGUCUGUGCUAGUAUUGAAUAUCCUAACUAGGAUAUUUGGUGGGUUUAAUGGUUUUUGGAGCUCUAGUCUCUUUAACUAAACAUUCUGGAAUUUCAUUUUCCAUAACUUUAAAUUUCUUGUCUUAGAAUCUCUGGUAUCUAGAUUGUAAGAUACGGUAAGUUUGAAUUGAGGAGCGAUUUAUGUUCCUGGCAUUAUUGUUUUGAAUAUCUCUGUCUCUUCUCAGAUGUUUGUCAAGAGAAGUUUCAUGCUGAGGUAGACAAGAACUACUGGAAGGCAGUUGCAGAUCUCAUUCCCAAUGAGGUGCCAGCUAUAGAGAAGAAGAGGGAAGAAGAAUCAAGAAAAGAAGCCUUCCAUUGUCGUUGUGCAAGGUCCAAAACCUGGUAAGCCAACUGAGGUCGCGAGGAUGAGGCAGAUACUUCUACAAUUGAAGCAUAAUAUGCCUCACCUAAAGCCUUUGCCACCGGCACCAGCCGCUGUGGCAGCUGUGCCUGAGGCUAUAGCUGCUGCCUGAUAAUUGUGAUUGGUGUUCUCUGUCAACUUUCAAGUCAAUAUAUCUUCGUAGUAACAAAGCACUUUGAUCAAUAUUGUGAAGUUUUUCUUGUUUUAGUUAAACUGGAACAUCAUCUACUGGGCACAUUCAGGAAACCUGUUCUUAAGUUCUGUGUUUCA